AUGUACCUUGGAAUCGUAGUGCUAUUAAUUUUCUCCAUUGCAUCGUCCAGUGCUUUCUUGUUUGGUGGUGGUGGUGGUGGUGGUGGCUGUUGCCCACCUCCAUGUUGUCCAUGUGGAUGUGGAUCAGGAGGCGCAAGCGGAGGCGGAGGCGCAAUUGCAGCAAUACCAAUACCAAUUGGUGGAGGCGGUGGCCGCGUGGGAGGAUAUGCAGGAAAAUAA